CUGUUACCUUACCUGAAACAUCGACUGUAAUUUUGCCUGAAACAUCGACAAUUGAAACAGAAACUGUUACCUUACCUGAAACAUCGACUGUAAUUUUGCCUGAAACAUCGACAAUUGAAACAGAAACUGUUUUUGAAACUGUUACCUUACCUGAAACAUCGACAAUAAUAUUGCCUGAAACAACGACCGUUGAAGCAGAAACUGUUUUUGAAACAAUUACUUUACCUGAAACAUCCUCAGUUGAAACAGAAACUGUUUUUGAACCUGUUACCUUACCUGAAACAUCGACAAUGAUUUUGCCUGAAACACCGACUCCUGAGCCGUCUGUCCCCGCAACUACCAUAGAAGAGAGCAGCGCCCGCGAGACGGAGCUUCGGAAACAGAUCGCAGAACUGAGUCUGAGAACGAGUAACCUUGCAGAUGCAGACGAAUCUAUCAGCAAUUUCAACACCUCCGUUGCAAACACAAGAAAGCGCCGUUCUGCUUCGCUUGCCAUCGGCCAAGACGGUCAGGAUAUCACUAUCGAUCCUUACUGCGGUGUCAAUGCCGAGGACAGCCUGGCUGGCAAUACAUCAACUGUGCUUUUGGCAGUGCUGACUGAUCUUUCAGAAGAGGUGUCCAAUCUCACGACAGACCAGAUCAGCUGCUUCAGUCAACUCCUUGAGAAAUUCACUGCAUUCAUAGAGAAUGGGUCUAUCAUCAUCGACCCUCUGUUUAAGAGUAGUAUUAUUAAUGCUGCAAAUGUUGCAAGUGACGCUGUGGAAGAAGAGCGUUCCGACGUCCAGGCUCUCAUAACUGACCUGCAGAAAGAACUAGACAUUCUGACUGGGGAGAGCACAACAACAGCUGCUCCGGAGCCAGAGCCAGAGCCAGGCCCUGAGCCUCUACCUGUGCCUGCACCUCGUAAGACUCGUUUGAGACUGGUCAUCUUCCAGCAGGUGAAACUCCCAUAGAAGGCAACUUGGGAAUUGCUCUCACGUUUUAUGGAUCCAACGGACUGUUGCUAUUCGUCUGAAAGUAUUGUUACUUUAUCUGCAGUGCUAACUCGCCAUCAUUAGCACGAUGUUAAAGAGUUUUAAUACAUUUUUUGUCAUGAAAACUUAAUCUAAGUUUCAUCUUUGUAUUGGACUUCUAGCAUAAUUAUAAUAAUAAUAAUAACAAUAAUAGUAGUAAUAAUAAUAACAAUAAAACUAUUUUCCGUUAUAAAGGGAGCGGCA